AUGGAAUAUAGCCUGUUGUGCCACAGCCUGUAUGCCUUCUGGUCCAGCCCCGUGAAGAAGAAACUAAUUCUGCUCAGCAUCAUGUUUUUAAUCUGGGUGUAUAUGCUGUACUCCUGCGUGGGCUACUGCUCCACCAUGCCAAGUUUGGUGGUGGAGAGUUACCGGGGCAAGGAGACCGGCUCGGCGGUGGGCAAGAGGACAGAGAGCGGCGGCGGCGGCAGGACGGACCUGGUGUCCAGACUGCUGGCCAAACCGCAGCCGUGGGAGGAUAUAGAGAGCGACUACGAGGAGCCGUCCAUCAGGACCGCCGCGUCCCGAGACCUGCUCAAUAACGAGCUGGAGACGGACCGAGCCGACGACUGGGACGAGAUGCGGGCCGAGCAGCAGAGAGCACCGGACCCCAGCGCCAUGUCCAGCUUCUCCAACGGCUCCGGGAGCAAGAAGCUGCCGCAGGCGAUCAUCAUCGGGGUGAAGAAAGGAGGCACCCGGGCUCUGCUAGAGUUUCUCCGGGUUCAUCCGGACAUCAGAGCCGUGGGAGCGGAGCCGCACUUCUUCGACCGCAACUACGAGAACGGACUGGAGUGGUACAGGGAGCUGAUGCCGAAGACUCUGGAGGGCCAGAUCACCAUGGAGAAAACCCCCAGCUACUUUGUGACCAGAGAGGCUCCGGCGAGGAUCUCCGCCAUGUCCCGGGACACCAAGCUAAUCGUGGUGGUGAGGGACCCGGUCACCAGAGCCAUCUCGGACUACACGCAGACGCUGUCUAAGAAGCCCGACAUUCCCUCUUUUGAGAGCCUCACCUUUAAAAACAGGACUACGGGGCUCAUCGACACGUCGUGGAGCGCCAUCCAGAUUGGCAUCUACGCCAAGCACCUGGACAACUGGCUGCAGUACUUCCCCAUGGACCAGAUCUUGUUCGUGAGCGGCGAGCGUCUGAUCAGCGACCCGGCCGGCGAGCUGGGCCGAGUGCAGGACUUCCUGGGCCUCAAGAGGAUCAUCACGGACAAACACUUUUACUUUAACCAGACCAAGGGAUUCCCGUGCCUGAAGAAAGCGGAGGGCAGCAGCAAGCCUCACUGCCUGGGAAAAACCAAAGGGCGCACCCAUCCGAACAUUGACCCCGAGGUGGUGCAGAGGCUACGGGACUUCUACCGGCCCUUCAACAUGAAGUUCUACCAGAUGACUGGACAUAACUUUGGUUGGGAUUGAUGUGAAAAAUCUGACUUUUUUUUUUGUUAAUUUGUUGAGAAGUUGUUUUUUUUUGUUCCUCUGUAAUUCAAUGGCAAGAUGUGGAGAUAUUGCUAUAUAUAUGUAAAAUGUACAGAAAUCUAUUUUAUAAUAAUUUAUUUUUAUUUCUAAGCAAUUAAUUCACUAAGCUGCCUAACCAUAUUUGUACAUAACAUCUGA